AUGCCAGCAGCACAGGAACGGAACAGGAUUGAAACUUAUAGCACAUCAGCACGGAACAGAAAAAUACGGAAAAAGAAAACUCUUUCCAUAAAACGACAUCGGGCUGGCCCUGGGUUUGAUUUUGAUGCUGAUUUAGAUGAUGCAGUGGGCUCAUCUGAGCCAGGAACUGCUCUAGAAGAGGCACAUUCGUUGAAUGAUGACGAGGGGGAAGUUCUUCAUACACCACAAGCAGUAUGGGAUCACGACAAUAAUGAAGAGAAAGAUGUUGGUGUAAAACGUCUUGCCAACUUUCUUUUGGAAUCAGGGAAAGCCAUGAAUGUUCAUUACAAUGUCGUUGACGCUUUAGAUGACCAAAAGGGUCCAGGCACUGGGCUGGGGCCGAAAAAUGAGCAGAAGCUUCAGAUAUCGAGAACAACUAAAAACAGAAAAGAUACAGUAAUGGCUGUUUUAUCCUUGAAGUACCACUGGUUGACAAAAUGCCAGGAAGACUACCUGGGCGAAGUUAAGUACCCGGGUGUCGAGGGUGUCUACAAUCCGUUGCAGAUCAUACGAAAUAGAGCCAUUAGAGCCAAAUACCACGAGCAGCCGCCAUCUUUGCCCUAUGCGACUCUUCCACUAGCGUGCAAUGUGUUCAGCUCGCAUAGAAAGCUGAACGGGAGACCAUGGAAGAUGCUUUGGGGUGUUGAACUUAACGAGCUAGUUCAUGAUAAUGCAUGGAGGGCAUCUCACUGGCACGAGCUUCGAAACCCACAUGGUGAACUAUGGUUUCCCAACCCGGAGCGACCGGCACACUCAGUUAUAUCCUUUGAAGAUACCUCUAACCGUCCAACUACACAGAACCGCUUACAUGACAAGUUGUGGAGCGAGGCAGCUGGUUCUGAAGAGAAAGAACAGCAACGUUUAAAAUCCUCCUCCGGCCGCAACAUCGGUAAAAAUAUCAAACAAAAGGCAAAACGUCUUUACGGAAGUACAAGCAGCGAGGCAAACUCCAAUUCGGACCUCGAGAAUUCAAGCAAUCCCCGCCAGAAAUCAUUUGAAAGUCUUUUGAAGAUGAAGAUGAAUAAUCAGUCGAAAUCAGAUUCUGAUUCAAAUGGUAUCUACCAGAGUCCCCAAAAUAAUGAAGGUUCUGAAUUUUUUGAAGGCACUAAAUCACUGCAUAAUCUUCCAGUCAUCAAAAUCGACACAGGCAUCACAUCAACUAACGAGUUGACAGAUACAAAAGGAGAUGUCCAACAUGAUGAGUAUGCAAGCUUGAACAGAAGCAAAGUCAACCUUGAUGAUAUACUCAUUACACCAUUGCAUUCAAGAUCACAGUCAAACAUUGAGCCUCAAGAACCCGACAAUAUCCUGUUGUCGCCACCGCUAAACGAUAAGGAUAUUGCACUUCGAAAAGCCUUUGAAACAGGAGAAUACAUGGCACAGCAUCUAAACCUUCACCACGCAUUUUUAACGACCGUAUUUCCUCAUCUAGUUAGGUCUACAUCUGAUCGCUGCGAUAGGAUUCUCGAGGAAAAGAUUAACAUCCUUCUUCAUGACAUUGUACUGGUCAACGACAGUCAACUUCCAGCCCAUGAAUCCUUUUACACUGGUUUUUUAAGCGAAUGCAAGUCUCUCAUGCAUAUCAUCAAUGAUAAAUACGCUGUGAAGAUCGACCACCUUCUUAGUGCUACUGAUCGUUCAAUGGGUGAGAUCAAUACUUCGCUUACACUUGACAUGAAGAAAGUUAACGAGAACCUCGACAAAGUGAACCAGUCACUCUUUGGAAGCGUGGCCGUCUCCUCCCUCAGUCGAGAGCGCGAUGUAACGUUUACCGAUGGAGGCAACUACAAAGCACUAUACUUUUUGCUAGAGAACCUCAUUGUCAUGCUUUUGAGACUCACAUGGCUUGUGGUGAACAUCUACAAGUUUAUCAUGUUCAUAUUGAGGAUCAUUUGGAAGGUGACGUCCCUUUUGUUCGGAGUUUGA